GGCUGCAGGAGGCAUCGUGGACGCAGGUCCUGCUUACCAGAAGAACCUUUCUCAGGAAGUAACCAAACUGCAGCGGCUCUACGGCGAAGGAGACCUCACCAAGUUCCCCGACAUCAAAUUCACUGAGCCGAAGUUUGACGAGGCUCCCAAGUGAAGGAUGUUUGUCUCUGACAUGUCUCACAUAUGUUGUAUUUAAUAAAAAAAACUAUUCUCUGGGAUUGAACUGA